UGCGCGACGGCUCCUCGUACACAUCUCUCUCCCGUAUCCUCCUCCUCCCAGCCCACUCAUGGCGGCGCGCCGGCGCUCGCUCCGCUGCCUUUCCGCUCGCCCCACCGCCCUCCCCUAGCCUGACCGCCCAGCACCGCUUCCUGUGGCCUCGCCGCCCUCCCUGGACCCCCGACGUCGGCCUCCAACGACCCCGACGAGGCCCGACGCCAACCUCACAGGACCCCGGCGAGGCCCGACGCCGUCCUCCCAGGUCCUCCACGGCAGCUGCUGGGGCGGCCUCCCAGGCUCCCGCCGCCGCCCUCCCUGGCCCUCGACAGCAGCUUCCGACUCGGCUCUCCCCAGCAGCUCAGCGCCAUACUCCCAGGGCCCUCAACCUUAUUCAAUGGGAGAUUUCAAAGUAGAAAUAGAUGUCCAGUCUUACUUAACGAUUGUAGAUGGCAGAAGAGUGUACACAAGGGGCAAAACAUGGAAUUUUAUGGCCGGUCGGGGCUUGUCUGUGGCGCGGAUAAAGGAGGUUGUGGAGGAGAGGUACAAAUGGUCUGCUGAUCAGAGAAUGACCAUUUGGUAUGGAUCUGGAGAUAACGCCGUCCCAUUGAUCUCUGAAUCAGAGAUAGCCCAAUUGUUUGAUACAUGUUCUAACACAAAAGUAGUAAGGUUCGGUGUGACCAUUGAGAGCAAACAACAACGCAAUGAACCUGCUCCUGUCAUGACUGAGGAGAUGGAUGAUCAGCCGGUUCACGCUCCAUUCUUUGCUUGGCCGAAGCAAGCCUAUGAAGGAGAGUACGAGGAUGAUGAGCCUGUGGGAUGGAAUCAGGAGAACACCUAUUUGCAUGAGGAGAAUGCUGAAUCAAAGGAGAAUGCCGCACCACAGAAAAAUGUCGAGCCAAAGGCUGCAAGGGUUCCAUUGGGAACCCUGGAUGUUGACAACUCUUAUGAUCCACAACAUGUGCGAGGGGAUGAUGAGGCUUUACUUGCGAACAAUAUGGCUUCUACUUAUAUCCACGAUAAAAACAAUCCUCGAAUUGAAGUAGGAGCCACAUUUCCUAACUCUAAAGCAUUUAGAGUUGCAUUGAGACAACUAGCAAUUAGAGAAGAUUGGUCUUUUGGCACGCAGUAUAGUGACACUCAGAGAUUUAGGGCUAAUUGCACUGAUGAGGAUUGUCCACGGAGGAUACAUGCCUCAAAGUUACCGAACACUAAAACUUUCAUGGUAAAGAAACUUCCUUUUGGGCAUACUUGUGGGAGUACCAAUUGCAGCAAAGGAAUGGCAAAUAGAGAUUGGCUUGCUGAUAAAGGGAGUGCUGCACUUGAGGAGAAUCCCACGGUGAGUGCAAAACAACUUAGAGAAACUUUGCAAAAGGAGUAUGAUAUUAAGCUUCAGUACACCGAUGUUUGGAAAGGAAGAGCUCGUGCAAAGGAUCAAUUGGAAGGUACAUAUAAGGAGAAUUUUCAGCAGUUGUGGAACUUCAGAGCCGAAUUGUUGGCAGCCAAUCCUGGAAGUAUAUUUGAGAUAGACAUAAAAACAACUACCAACAAAAAGGGUGACAUUGUGCAUGUUUUUAAUAGGUUGUUCAUUGCCUUCAAGCCAUGCAUUGAUGGAUUUUUGGCAGGGUGCAGACCAUAUUUGGGGGUUGAUGCAACUUUUCUUAGUGGGAAAUACACCGGACAAUUGGCAGCCGCAAUUGGUGUGGAUGGGCAUAGUUGGAUGUUUCCGGUAGCAUUUGGAAUAUUUGAGAAAGAAAAUACAGAAAAUUGGGUAUGGUUCAUGGAGCAACUGAAAUUGGCCAUUGGAGAGCCACAAGGGCUUGCGGUCCAUAUAGAUGCAUGUAAGGGGUUGGAGAAUGCCGUUUCUAAGGUCUACCCAAAUUGUGAACAUAGAGAAUGCAUGAUGCAUCUAAUGCUUAACUUCAAGAAAAAGUUCAAAGGUGACAUACUAGAUAAUAUGUGGCCUGCAGCUUGGACAUAUGAAGUAGAGAAGCAUGCUUCCAGGAUGGCAGAAAUACAAGCACAAAGCGCCGAAGCAAUAGCCUAUUUGAACAUGCAUCACAACCGUGUGUGGACAAGAAGCAAAUUUUCAACAAUGACAAAAGUUGAGUAUGUGUGCAAUAAUUUGGCAGAGGUUUUCAAUAAUUGGAUUAAGGACAUGAAGCAGCUUGCAUUGGUUGAGCUUUUGGACAACCUUAGGGAAAUGAUAAUGAAAUUGUUAGAGAAAAGGAGAGCCGUUGCCGGUGCGCUUCUAGGUUACAUACUACCUAGUGUGAUAAAGGAGUUGAAUUUGAAAAGCAAGGGGCUGCAUUAUUUGGAAGCAAGAGCAUCGCCAAAUAUAGCUGAGAUUUCAGGAAAUGGAUGGAGGCACACCGUUAACUUGGAGAAAAAUGAGUGCUCUUGUAGGAGAUGGAAAAUUUGUGGUAAGCCAUGCACACAUGCUCUUCGGUUCAUAUUCUCCAAAAAAGCCAAGCUUGAGGAUUAUAUUGAUGAGUGCUUCUCAGUGGCAAGGUUCAAAGCGGCAUAUGAGGGAAUUCUCAUGCCAAUUAGGGGCAGGUCCCAAUGGCCCAAGGUAAAUCCUGGAUUUGAUAUGAUCCCUCCCAAGCUUACCAAGAGUGCUGGACGUCCAAGAACUAGGAGGAUAAAGAAUUACACCGAAGGUGGAACCGGCAGAAAACAUAAAUGCAAAAGGUGUGGAGCAUUAGGUCAUCUUCGGAAGACAUGCAAGGAGCCAGAGAUUGAAAGUGACGCGGACCGAGAUGCUACUCCUCCUCCACGGAAAAAAUCAAAGGUUGAAGCAAGCAUUGCAGCUACUUCUUCUCCUAUUACACCAACUAAGCAAGGUACUCAACUUGGUACUCCUACAAGUCCAAUGACAAGGCAAAGGGCAGCAACUAUUGCAAUUGCUUCAACACCUCCUAGUGCCUCUACAAGGAGCAAAACUGCUGCUCCUAGCCCUCUUCGCAAUGCCAUGUGAAGGAGGAUAUCAGCAAGCUUUUGGAUGUUGGGCGCUCCAGAUCAGAUAUAUGGAUUUUGGUUCGUCAAUCAGGGAGAGCAGAGAGCUACAUUUCCUUAGUCAGUUGCAGUUCUAACUGUUUUUAUUAUAACUUGUAGCAGAUUAAUUAGACGCUAUGUAACCGGAGCAAGUACUCCUAUCCUAUGGUACGAUGACUGUUUGCAACUGUGCUUGCAUGCUUAGUAGCAGAAUGGUGUAUGUGAUCAGGAGGUGCUCCUUUGCUAAUUGCUUUAUUGUGCUGUGAGAACCAUUC